AUGCGCAGCACCCGCGGCGUGGCGGUCUGGCCGGUGGGACUGGUGGGGGGCCUACGUUUCGAACGACCGCUGGUAGCAGGGGGCCGGGUGGUGGGCUUCCAUACCGCCUGGAAACCGGAACGCCCCUUCCCGUUGGAUAUGGCUGGCUUCGCCGUGGGGCUGCCCCUGUUGCUGGCACGGCCCGCCGCCCGCUUCGACCCCCAGGCCGAGAGGGGCUACCUGGAGAGCAGUCUGCUGGGGGGGCUCGUCUCCCCUGCCGAGCUGGAGCCCAAGGCCGACAACUGCACCCAGUUGCAUCCCUUAACGGAGCCCAGCUACGGGUACCGGGGCCGGGACAGCCGCUCCAACCUGCACGUGCUGGCCUCAGGCGAGCUGGUGUACUUCAUCGCCUGCGUUGUCAUCCUCCUGCACGUCCCGCGCCGGCGGCAGCGCCACUACCUGCGCCACAGCGACUGCGUGCGCUGCCUGGCCGUGCACCCCGACCGCCUCCGCGUCGCCACGGGGCAGGCGGCUGGCGUCGACAAGGAUGGCAAGCCGCUGCAGCCCAUCGUGCACAUCUGGGACUCGGCCACGCUGCUCACGCUGCAGCAGAUCGGCCUCGGCAGCUUCGAGCGGGGCGUGGGCUCCCUCGCCUUCUCCACCGCCGACCAAGGCGCUUACCUCUGCGUGGUGGACGACUCCAACGAGCACAUGAUGUCGGUGUGGGACUGCGCCCGCGGCACCAAGCAGGCGGAGGUGAAGAGCACGAAUGAGUCGGUGCUGACGGUGGAGUUCAACCCCCAGGACAGCAGCAGCAUCAUCACCAGCGGCAAGUCCCACGUCUACUUCUGGACCUGGAGCGGGGCCACGCUCACCAAGAAGCAGGGCAUCUUUGGGAAGUACAAGAAGCCCAAGUUCAUCCAGUGCUUCAUCUUUGACGCUGCUGGGGAUGUGCUGACGGGCGAUUCUGAGGGCAACAUCCUGACCUGGACCCGUGCCACCGGAGAUGGCCGCACGCCAGGGAAGGGUGGCAAAGAGACGUACCAGAUCGGGCAGCAAACCCGGGCGCACGAGGGCAGCAUCUUCGCCCUGUGCCGCCGGCGAGACGGGACGGUGCUGAGCGGUGGUGGCAAAGACCGGCGGGUGGUUUGCUGGAGCCCCGCGCUUGUCCUGCUGCAGGAAGCCGAGCUCCCCGAGCGCUUCGGGGCAGUGCGGACCAUCGCGGAGGGACCCGGGGAUGAGCUGCUGGUGGGGACGACCCGCAACGCCCUAUUGCGGGGGACGCUGGCCACUGGCUUCACCCCCAUCGUGCAGGGGCACACGGACGAGGUGUGGGGUUUGGCCACCCACCCCAGCUGCUGCCUUUUCCUCACUUGCGGCCACGACCGGCAGCUCUGCCUGUGGGAUGGGCAGGAGCACGCGCUGGCCUGGAGCCUGGCACUGGAGGGGACCCAGGCGCCCGGGCCCCCACUGUACCUGCAGCGGGGGGGGUCUCGCCCUGUCCCCGUCCCCUCGCCGAGGCGAGAGCCGGCGCGCACGGAGCGGAGGCUGUUCCCGGAGGCGCAGCCCCGAACCCGCUUGCGCUAUGACUGUGCAGGAUGCGGCCCCGGCUCACACCUGCCCCCCCCCCCCCACCCCCACCCACCCCUGUGGGAGGGCAAAGUGGGGCCAACCUGCCCCUGGGGGGGACAGGAGUAA